AUGGAGAUGGUUUUCCAUGAAGAGGAACCCGAGAUCUUAAUGAUAACUGAGAACCUCCAUGAUGCCUCAGCCGAGAAACCUGAUUCAAAGAGUCGCUUUGUUGAAGACAGUGAAGUGUCUGCUGCUGUUCCAGGUACUGAAGAGGUGGGGAACAGCUGCUGCAGAGAUACAGCGGUGUUUCUGCUGUGUCUAAUCUCCCUGUCUGGACUCAUACUCUCUGUUUCCAGCAUUUCUUUGUUUUUUUACAUGUCAAAGACAGUUGCAAGACGUAACUCUGAGAACAACCUGAUGAGACAGAGAGACCAGUCAGACACCAGCUACAAUAACCUGACUAACGAGAAUGAGCAGUUGCAAAAAAAAAUUAAAGCCUUGACCAUAGACAGAAAUGAUCUUCAGAGAAAGCUUGAAGACAUUGAGGCUAGUUACAAAAACCUGACAGAGGAGAGCGAGAAACUGAGGAGGAAUUUGGACGGCUUCUCCUCAGAAGGAUGGGUGUAUUUCAGAGGUAGUUUCUAUAAUAUUUCUUCUGCUGAGAAAACCUGGCAAGACAGCAGACAAGACUGUCUUCAAAAAGGUGCAGACCUGGUGAUUAUCAACAGCAAAGAAGAACAGGAUUUCACAAGAAAGUUUGAGAAGUACAUGUGGAUUGGUCUGACUGACUCAGAGACGGAGGGGGUGUGGAAGUGGGUGGAUGGGACUCCACUGAUUGAGAGCUACUGGCAUUCUGAGGAGCCGAACAAUAAGGAAAACGAAGACUGUGCUGAAACCAAGUACCAUACUGACGAAAAAAACUGGAAUGAUGGAGUCUGUUCCCUGUCACAUGUGUGGAUGUGUAUCGAGGAGAGUUGUAAAAACCUGACCGAAGACGGAGAAGACUUGAGGAAGAAGCUGAGUAACUUUGCAUCACAGCAGAGUUCCUGGGCCAGAGAGCGAGACGAGCUGAAGAGGAAGCUGGAUGACUUAGGUACCCGGCAGAACACCCUCACUGGAGAGAGAAACGAGCUGAAGAGGAAGCUGAAUGACUUUGCAUCACAGCAGAGAUCCUGGGCCAGAGAGAGAGAGGAGCUAAAGAGGAAGCUGAGUGACUCUGCAUCACAGCAGAGUUCCUUGACCAGAGAGAGAGACAAGCUUCAGAAGAAGGUGAAUGACUUUGCUGUCUAUUUGCCCCAAGGAUGGGUGUUUUUUGGAGGCAGUUUGUAUUUAACUUCCUCAAUCAAGAAAACCUGGCAAGACAGCAGAGAUGACUGUGUGCACAGAGGUGCAAAACUGAUGAUUAUCAACAGCUAUGAGGAACAGGAAUUUGCAAGAAAAAAUAAAAAGACAAUGUGGAUUGGACUGAGUGACAGAGCCACAGAGGGGGUGUGGAGAUGGGUGGAUGAGACUCCACUGAUAACAAGCUUUUGGGGCAAAGGGGAACCCAAUAAUUAUGAAGGUAGAAACGAAGACUGUGUGGCAGUAAACUACCAUGGUGACACAAACAACUGGAAUGAUUUAGAAUGUGGAAGUGAAAACUUCUGGAUCUGCGAAUUGAAAAUGGAUCUAUGAGUCUGGGCAUAACCAAACUCUAACCCAGCGUUGUUACGUCAUUUAACAGAUUUAUUUACCACUGGGAUUUCUUUUAUUUUUUUUUAUUUUUUCAAUUUAAAGGCACAAACAAUGACAUCCUGCUAAUAUGGUAUCAAAUCAGAAUAUGAUUCUUUGUGUUGUUCUAGGGGCAAGUAUAAACAACAUAUUUUGUCCUCUCAGUUUAAGUGACAUGUUGUUCCUUUCAGUGCAAAAUUUUAAGGGUUACAGAUAUUUUAAUGUGUCUUUAUAUGUUUCUUUGGUUGCUAUUGUGUCCAGACAGAAUCCUAGAGCCCCCUUUGUUUUUUUAUGGUGAUGUACACUUUUCAUUUCGUUGGGUCUAAAUACUGUUAAGUUUACUACUUAACUUUGGACUAGUUUGUUUUGUUGCGUUUGUUGCUUUAAAAGCACCAUGGAAAUAAAUGUAUAAUAUUGUUGUUUUUUUUUUACCUUGAUAUUGUUCUUGUCACUUUAUGAACAUAAAUAUUAGCUCCCAGUGUAAGAAAAGCAGCUUCUACUAACCUUGGCGUUCUCUGAAUUCAGAAUAACCCGGUUAAAGAUUCUUGUUUAAUCAGUCAGAUAAUAAAAAAUAAAAGAAGCACUCGUGGGUUUCAUUUUGUAGACACACUGUAUGUCAUUGAUGAACAAUAUGAAUGAUGACUUUCUUUGGAGAAAUGUUGGUUAUUACCUUUAAAGUACACACAGUGGCCCAUUUGUGUUUUCCUAUUUCUGCUGUUCUACCACUGCCUCGAUCAGUGUGUAAGGUAAAGCUGUACAUGUGGGUGUUAUGUGAGUUUUUUAAGGUGUCUUUAAAUAAAUGUUGCUACGGCUGCCGUCCACAGCAGUACGUUGCAUGGCACAGCCUG